AUGAGAUAAGAGGGUGUGUGAUUUAAAAGGAGCGGCAGAGUUUGAAAAGGGCACUCCUUGUUGCAGAGUCCUCCAGCUCACCCUCACCGCCACCAUGACUUUCAACGGCACCUGGAAAGUUACUCAAAAUGAGAACUAUGACAAAUUCAUGGAAAAAAUGGGAGUUAACAUGGUGAAGAGGAAGCUGGCUGCUCACGACAACCUCAAGAUUACCAUCACACAGGAGGGAGACAAGUUUAACGUCAAGGAGAGCAGCACUUUCCGCAACAUCGAAAUUGAAUUUACCCUCGGAGUCACCUUUGAGUACGCCCUUGCAGAUGGAACAGAACUAUCAGGUGCGUGGACCUUGGAGGGAGACGUGUUGAAGGGAAUUUUCAAGAGAAAGGACAACGGAAAAGACCUGACGACAACCAGAAUUGUUCAAGGAGAUGAACUCAUACAGAGCUACACCUACGAAGGUGUGGAUGCAAAGAGGAUUUUCAAGAGGAGUUAGACCAAAUCCAUCUAAAGAACCGAAUUGAAAUAUUUUCAGGGUUACAUACAGUUUUGUGCCAAGUCAUCAACAACAUGUAACUCAUCAUAUUUUAAUAGCUGUAUUAAUAAAGUCACAACUGCCUAUUAA